UCCAGCGACAUCACUUCAAAACUACAUUUCCCAUAUACAGUCGGCUUUGCAGUGUUGUUAAAGGAUAAACAGGGCUGGGGACACUGCAAGAACUCUGGAGCUCUCUGUAACAGUUGCCUCGUCGUUGGGCACAAAACACCGAUCCCUGUAUAUUGCUGACAACUGACAGAAAUGUCAGAGCCGUCAAGUGAUGCAGAGUCGUCCUGUGGCUGGACCAUUAUCAGUAAUGAGGGUUCAGAUAUCGAGAUGUUGGUAUUGGAGGCUGCAGUGGAAUAUGGAGCCGAGCUGUCAGGCCGCCCGUCAGGGGAGGAAGCGGAGCUGCAGGUUGAACAGGCCUCAGCAUCUAAUGCUCAGUGUGUUGAAGAAAAGAUUGCAGAGUUACUUGAUGAAACUCUGAAAGAACAAAUCAAUGAUGAGACAGUGUGUCCCUCAGAGGCCGGAGACAACACCACAGGGAAACAGCAUGUGACUCUGUUGUCCUCCAGCGAUCACUCUGACAUUGUGACUCUUGGAGACUUGAAGGAUGACGAGCACGCUGAGGUGGAGGAGGAGGAGGCACAGCUAACUGAGGAGUUUUACCUUGGCACCUCCUGCAGCAGCCAGUACGCCUUCACUGCUGCAGAGGCUGCAGGUUUGAUGAGUUACUGGAAACUUCCACAGAGUCUCGUGAACUUAGGCUACCGUCUGAGAAGGCAGCUCACUGGAGGCCGCUCUUUUCCAGUUUUUCCAGUGCAGCCUGCAGUGACAAACUCAAGCAGCAGUGAAGACGAGGCAGAACGAAGCGUCAGCACUGUUGUCCGAAGACGAAGGUUGAGGAAGCAUACCACGGGCGUUGUGACAGAGCCUGAGGAGGUGCUAGAGUCUGGCCAGAGUGAGGAUGAGGAGGAGGAAGAGGAGCUCAAAGAACAGCAGCAGGAGGAGGAGGAGGCAGAGGUUAUGGAUGUCCACGUGCAAUACCAGGGCGGCAGCAUCCUCAACAGCUGUAUCCUGAUCGCCCUCGUCAUAGCCAUCAGUAUGGGCUCUGGCCACUUCUAUGGUACAGUCCAGAGUCAAGAAAGACAGAAAAUCAGAGUGAAUGAACUUGAUGUUGUGAGGGAUCUGAUUCAGCUACAUGUUAGAGAACAACCUUUUACAAACCAGGUCCAGAGAGUUGACUUUGGCCUGGAAGACCUGGAUGAGCAAAACGUAAUUUCACUGCUCACAGAGGUGAUUGAGAAGAUGAAGAAAGAGAACCAGGAGCUCAACAUCCAACGUGUGCACAUUCAGGCCCAGAGAGAUGACCUGGAAAUGUUGCUGGAACAGGAGGCUGAGGAGAGGACUAACAUCGUGUCUCAGCAGCAGCGAUUGACAGCUGAGAACCAGCUGCUGAAAUCCUCCCUGGAACGUGAAGAAAAGUCGCUCUCCAGCGUACAGGAGGAGCUGAGAAAGAUGAGAACUCGGGAGGCGAUGGGGGCCCGUGCCGAGUCGCUGCUGUCGGAAAACCAGAGGUUGAAAGACAAGCUGGAGGAGGAGAAACAGCUGAUCCAAAGCUUCCACGGCGAAAGGAAAAACAUGAGGAAGAAUCUCGACAAGGAGAGAACAGUUACAGAUGAGCUGAGGAGAGAGUUAAAUGUGCUGAGAAGUCGCAUCCCCAGAGCUGAACAUGAAGCUGGUUCAAAGGUAGAUGAGCUUCAGUCACGUCUGACGGAGCUGGAGAAGAAACUGAACUUCGAGCAGCAGCGUUCAGACCUGUGGGAGAGGCUCUAUGUGGAAACCAAAGAAGACAGAGCUAAAGGAGACACAGAGCCCACAGUGAAAAGAAAAAAAGGGGGCAUGGCAGGGAACGUGAAAGAGACAUUUGAUGCUGUGAAGAACUCCACCAAGGAGUUUGUCCAUCACCACAAAGAGCAGAUAAAGAAAGCAAAUGCAGCUGUGAAGGAGAACCUGAGGAAGUUUUCAGAUUCUGUCAAAUCAACUUUCCGAAACUUCAGAGACUCAGCUUCGACCUUCAUCAACAAAGCCAGAGGCUUUUAUGAUAAGAGACGUGGUGAGAAGAACGCAAAAGAGUCGUGGCAGCACAGAUCCCACAAGCCUCAUCACAAAUACCAGCGCAAAUUUGACGAGAGCAGCCACAACACUCGCAAAUCAGGAGAUAAAGUUGACGGAGAUCGAGGUCAAGACGCCCACAAGGCCAACUUGAAAGAAUGCUCCGGUGUCUUCGACUGCGCCUUCCAUGAGUCCAUGAGUCUCCUCAACAAAGCCAUGGACCCGAUCAGAGCGGACGAAUUUAAGCAGCUGCUGCAGAGCUACCUGCAACAAGAGGUCGACCACUUCCACCACUGGAAAGAGCUGGAGACGUUCAACAACAACUUCUUCCACAACGGCGUGUUCAUCCACGACAAGAUGCUUUUCACAGACUUUGUCAAAGGCGUGGAAAAAUACCUUCGUGACAUGCAUGAGUAUCACGGCCUCAAUGAAGACGUGUUCAGAGGUCUUGAUGACUUUGUCUACCGGCACUUCUUUGGAGAGGCUUACAGGAAAAGCUCUGGCCCAAACGGGCCAUUUGAAAGACCCGACACAGACUCGAAGGAGUCGAGGCCGAAGCAUCAACAACGAAAGCAGCAGAGAGCCAGAUCUCGACCACACAGCGAACGCAAGUUGAGCCAAUCAGCAAGAAACGCAGACAGGCACAUGGCCGACGUCAAAAUACUGGGUCCGAUGCCGUUUGAUCCCAAAUACUAAAAAUAUCUCAACUGGUUUAAUAUUAUAGUUGGAAAUUCUGUUUUGGGUUGUAUUUACAUGCAAAGUCUAAUUUUCUUUUUUGUAAAUUUGCACAAUGUUAACUUUUUAAUGCUACUGAACGUCCUUGAGCUUUUUUAUGUUUAAUGAAGUAGCUGUUAUGUUUGAGUGAAAGGUAAGAGUUAAUUUGUCUGAUUAAGGACCCGAUGAAGAUUUCUUUCUAAAACAACAUUAAUACUUAUCUUCAACCACGGCACUAAUGUUUAAAGAAUAUAGAGCGGAGAACUGUUGAUUGGGAACCAAAACUUUGUGCUAUUUUAAACAAAAACGUUAAUUUUAAACGUUGAAAAGAAGAAAAUAGACGAGCCACAGUUUCUGUAGUUGUUUUAAUGUGCUGCUACAAAGAGGUUUGUAUGACGGAGGUAUAAUGCAAUUGUAUCAUUCCACCUUAAGCUUGUUUUAACUGAACCUGGCAGUUAUAUUUUUAUUUACUGUAAAAAAUAAUGUCACCAAAUUUAGUCAGGUAAAUAAUAAAUAAAGAAAAUUGGUGUUAUGCAUUUAACACAUCAGACAAUUGGUAUUUCAAAAAUAACAUUUGAAUUUAACAUUUAUUUAAGUUGCAAAUACAUAUCAUGUGAUAAUCCCAUUAAGGAGAGACUUGCUAUUGUUCCAGUGUCUGUCAGUGCCUUUCAUAAAUAAAGAUGUUACCUCCAA